GCAUCAGAGCAGACCGCUAGUUCAAGUUCAUUUUUCUGGAAAUAAAUAAGUUUUCCUUUCGUUUAACUACCGAAAAUAAGAUUUAUUUUCGAACAGCAGAUUUAUCGCUUGUUCUUUAAAUAUUCCGAAGAUUUGUUUUAAAUUGUUGAUUAUUAUUAACAGAAAUUACCGGUAUCAUGUUUGGAGUGAUCAGUCGUCGAUUUUAUCAUUCUAGUAAAGUAUGCAUGUCAGCUGGGCGAAGUUCAGCCUUGGGUAAACUGAGAAAGUCCACAGGAUAUUCUGUAGCCAAUUGUAAAAAAGCUUUGGAACUGUUCCCUGAUGAUGUUUCUAAAGCUGAAGAAUGGCUUCAUGCUCAAGCAAAACAGGAAGGUUGGGCAAAGUGGGCAAAAAUUCAAUCUAGAUCUGCCUCUCAAGGUUUGAUUGGUGUUUUUUCAAAAGAUAAAAUUGGAGUUAUGGUUGAAGUCAAUUGUGAAACUGAUUUUGUUGCAAAAAAUGCUGAAUUUCAGCAAUUUGUUGAAAAUAUUAUGUCUGGUUGCGUGAACCACAUCAGUGCCAGUUCAGUAACAGGAGAUAUAACUAAAUCAUUGCUGAAUGAAGCACAACUGAGUGAAAUGAAAUGUGAUUCAACGAGUGUUAGUGAACUUGUCAGCUCUGCACUCUACAAGUUUAAUGAAAAAACAGUGGUUAAAAGAGCUGUUUGUUAUAAAGUUGCAGAUAAUCACCACUUGAGUAGUCUAUCUCAUCCAAGUACUCCAUGUCCAACCUUAUCAGGUGGAUCUUUAGGUAAAUAUGGUACCCUUUUAGUUUACAAAGAUAACAAAACAAGUGAAGAAAAUGUGCAAAAUUUAGGACUUAAUAUUUGUCAGCAUAUUAUUGGAAUGAAUCCUGCAUCUGUUGGGGAACUGACAGAAAAAGAUAUUGCAAAUUUUACCAGAGGGGAAAAACCAGAGGAGAAAGAAGUUGAAGCUACAGCAAGAAAACAAGAUGUUGAAGAUGCUGAGAAACCUGUCGAUGAAUCAGAGCAAGAAACAGAAGAGCAAGACACUGUUACCUCUAACUUAAAAGACAGUGAAGAAACAAGAUUACUCUUUCAACCAUUUUUGUUAGAUCCUAAUACAAGUGUUGGUGAAACAUUGUUCAAGAAUGGACUUGAAAUUGUAGAUUUUGAGCGUUUUGAAUGUGGAGAAAGUACUGUUGAAAAUGCUGAAGCUAAAGAAGCUUCUAGCGCGGGAAUUUAAAUGGACUAUUUGAAAAGAAAAAAAAAAUGUGUCCUGAAGCUUAAAAAGCAUAUAUGUGAAUUGUUGGAAUUAAGAUUUAUUAAAGUAAUGUUUAUAGUAAGACUUUUUUAGAAAUACAUAGACAUAGUAUUGUAUGAAAUAUUUGCUCUACUGGAAUAGGUUGCAAUUGUUAAUUUAAUAAUAUCAAAUGUGUUAAAAAAAUUGUUUUGGAACUUGAGUUUUAUUAAUCACACAGAAUAGAAAGAAAAAAAUGCUUACAAAAAAACAAAAACAAAAGAGAGAGAGAGAGAAAUAUUGUAUUGUAAUUUUAUUUUUUUAUAUAUUAUAGUAAGAUUCACUACAAAAAGAUAGAUAGAUUCUAAUUUUUUUUUUCUCUUUAGAAAUCACAGAAUAUAUUUGAAAAUUCCGAUUCAUAAGUUGUAUGAAAAUAUUUUUUGAUAAAUUUCCUCAAUUGUUCUUGCAUAUUAAGGAAGCAUUUUUCACUUAAAAAUUUAUAUUACGAUUACCAAAGCACACCGGUGAUUAUUAAACUAUUUCUUUCUUUCAACAAAUGUUGUUAUAUUCUAUGUACUUCUAAGAAAAAAGAUUUCACACACAAACUAUCUAUCAUAAUAUUGUAUAUAGAGGGAAAUUGAAAUGAAGCUUAUAUUUUAGCUUUGUAAACAGAAAAUUACAAUUUAAAACCACCACAUUUCUCCCUUUGUAGUAUUUGGCUUAUUUGUGUUAUUUAGUUGUAGCCUAUUUUUAAAUUUAUUAUAAAUUUAAUUUGAAGGUUGUUUAACAUUUAAAGGAUAACAAAAUAUGGGUGGCACUAUUCGUUUCAAAAAACGAAGAGUAUCCUUUUAGAAGAAAUUUACUUUGUAGUGGCCUGAUACAUGGACCAGUAAGAAGAUUUUUUUCUGGAGGACAGCAUACAUUCUUUCCUCCUUCACUUUUCAUCUUAACUCUAUUUUGGUGAAAUUGAAGCUGACUUGCUUGCACAUAAGUAUGGAAGAUAAUUGUAUUUGAAAAUAUGUAAUACCUUUAUUUUGUUACAGAUUAAUAAGGUAAACAGUUACUUUACUUAAGUAAUAUAAAAAUUAACAAUUAAUUGGAAUGAAAUCUUUUUUUAAACCAAAUAAAAGACCCCCUCCCAUACAUACACACAUACAAGAUAAUGUAAUUUAAAACUAUCUAAAUGGAGAUACAUUUUUCUAUGCAGUAUACUCAUAAAUUCUUAUUGAAAUUCUCUUAAAUAUUAUUAAAACUCUGUUAUUUUCAGUUUAUUGGAAUAUUAUUCAGUCAUUUUUUAUUUAAUAAUGUCAUUCGUAGUUAUCAUUUAACUACUCUAUCUUCAUUUCUUUUCUUUUAGAAAAUAUUCUAUUUCAAUUAUCAGCAAUAAAAUUUAGUUAUAGAAGAUUGCUCAUGUUCAUUUUAUUCAUAUAUCUUGAAAAUGCAGGUUUUAUAUGACAGUUUAAGGAAGGAAAAGUUUAGAAAGCAAUUUAGUGGGACUUUCUGUCUACAUUCAUUUAUGGA